AUGCAGUCUUCUCUACCGGUAACAACCAAAGGAGAGAAGAAAAAGGUCAAUUUCAGAAAUUCGAUCUCUAGAGGCUCGAAGGAGUUCAAUAUCAAACAAGGCUCGAAAGAGCUCACUGUAAAUACUCCAAAUGUACAUUCACUGGUACGACAACGGGAACAUGAGAUUGUGCGUAAAGGAUUCACCACCAUUGAACUUCCUCAGAACGUCGACAAGUUGGAGGAGUUGAACUCGGAUUUGUUAUCGGUAAAGCGGCUGGUCGAUAAGCAGAUUGCGAAACAGGCCAAUCUUCUGCAUGGUCUAUCCAUCCGAAUCUAUCACAACACCCAGCUGGCACAUGUCAAGUUGAGGUCGGAAGAGUUCACUUUCCUUUCCUGUAUGACAAUGCGAAAGGUCAAGGCCGCCCAACAUGAAUACAUGGAAGCCCUCCUCAUUCUAAAAGGCCUGGAAGCCUUCCGAACCCACCUUUCCUAUGGAUUGGUGAAUGCCAAGACCGCCACGAGGGACCUUGCGGCCAUCCAAGGGGCCCAUGGAAGCCCCAAGGCGGGAACGGUCCGAAAGCCAAAGGGUCGACGAUCUUCCUAUUCAGACGAAUCUCUGAUGAAACAAUUGAAGAAAAAAGAGUUUUUCCCCAUUCUGGAAACACAACCAGAUGGAACCGCCCUAUUUAUUUACAGUGACACGGCUCCCUUUUGCAAUCAUGCCGUGGCACUCCACAGAACCAAAGAGAUUGCGACCGAGGGAUACUCCAUGGUCAAGUUGCCAUCUGGGUACUCCAAGCUUAAUAACCCUUGUGCUGAAACCAAACAUGCUUUUGGCCUAGUACAACAAGCCCGCCAAGACCAAGUACUCGCCUUGAAACGACACGUGGUCAAGCUGCAAGUGGCAGUCGACAUUGCCGAACGAUACUUUAUUGCAGGACACGAAAGACUUUCGGCCAAGGGGAUGAAAAAGGUCAAAUUCAUUCAGCAAGAAUACCUUCAUAUUUUGAGAUUGAUUGAAGCCUUCAAGGCGUUUGAAGGCCAUUUGCAGUAUGGGUUUAUGAACCUGGACACGAUUGAGGACGAUAUCGAGGAAAUCAAGUCAGUUCCAUCUUCCAAGACACCAUGCACCGAGUGUGAUGAAGAUCUUGUCACGCAGCUAAUGGAUCAAAAGUUCUUUCCCAUGCUCUUUCCUUUGCUUGGAGGAGGUGUCAAAAUCCAUUACAGCCACAAUCCUCCCAAGGAUAGAUCAUCACCAUCUUCUCCAAAUUCCAAUAGCCAAGACUCUCGUCCUUCCAUUCCCAAUGCUCGUCGACUGAGCGUGGGUAACAUGGCGGGCGCAGGUAAAGCGCCGGGGAAAGCAGGAAGACGACCCUCACUCAGCGGGAUUGUCAACCGCCCUGCCUCCGCUCGCCGACUGCGUGCUACGGGAUGA